GAGAGCAAGAAAAACACGCAGAGAGAAAAAGAGGGAGAGAAGAACAGAGAGAGAGAAGAAGAAGAAAGCAGAAAGAGGAAGGAAGAGGAAGAGAAGACGCAGAGAAAGAAAGAGUGAAAGAAGAGAGGAAGGAAGAGAAAGAAAGAGUGAAAGAAGAGAGGAAGGAAGAGAAAGAAAGAAAGAAGAGAGACAGUGAAUAUACUAAAGACUCCCACGCACCCUCAGAAGCAGACCCACGCAAACAGACACGUGCGCGCGCGCCCACCCCACCAGGAAGGCGUAGGUGGAGGAGGAGGAGGAAGGCAGGGCGCGCGCGUGUGUGGAAAUCAAAGUAGAAGAAAAAGUUUUUUUUCCGGGGGGGGGAGCCGAGGGAGGCUCGCCGGCUCGCAGCUCCUGGCCGGGCGGGGCUCUUCUCUUCUGCCCCACAAGCUGGAUCCGGGCGCGAUGGAAGCGGUGGCCGCCUACGGCAUGGACAAGCAAUUCGCCCCCAACCCGGUCCGGAUCUUGGAGCCUGCAGACAACCCUCAGGCGCGCAAGAACUUCAGCGUCAGUCACCUCUUGGAUCUGGAGGAAGCGGCCGUCGGCAUGAACGGGACGCCCCAGGACGCCGGCUCCGAGGCUCGGGAAGGCGGCAAGGGGGCUUUCGACCCCUCCGGGGGCAGCAGCGGCAGCGAAGGAGGCGGAGGCGGAGGAGGAGGAGACGCGCGGCGGGAAGGGCAGAGCUUGAGCCCGACCCACUCCUCCUCCUCCAAACGGAAGAAGAAACAACGGAGGAACCGCACCACGUUCAACAGCAGCCAACUGCAGGCUCUGGAACGUGUCUUCGAGAGGACGCACUAUCCGGAUGCUUUCGUCCGGGAGGAGCUGGCCCGAAGGGUGAGCCUUAGUGAAGCCAGAGUCCAGGUGUGGUUUCAGAACCGAAGAGCAAAAUUCCGCCGGAACGAGAGAGCGAUGUUGGCCAACCGGUCAGUAUCACUCCUCAAAUCCUACACCCAAGACACAGCCAUCGAGCAGCCCGUCGCUCCCCGGCCCACCACCCUCAGCCCCGACUAUCUAUCGUGGUCAAGCACCACCCCCUACAGCAACACGAUGCCUUCGUACGGUUCCAGCGCCCCCAGCACCCCCACGCCGGGUGUCAACAUGGCCAACAGUAUUGCCAGCUUGCGCCUUAAAGCCAAAGAGUUCAGCCUCCACCAGAACCAGGUGCCCACUGUGAACUGACCUGCCCGUCCUUCCUCGGUCACCAACAGCAGCAUCCCUGGCGAUCUCCACCAAUCAAGACAUUGGAGAUGUUCAUGGUCCAUCAGGGCUCAAAACUCUUCCCCUGCCCCCCAACGUCUCCUUCUCCUGAAGACCAAAGGAGAGAGCUUCAACCAUGUUGAGAAACCUCUUGACGCUCCCUUGGGGAUGAGGCAGCCUCUUCGAGAUCUUGCUGGUGGACCAUGCAGGUGGACCUUGACUUCUUCUUCAAGGAAGAGGAAGUGAUCCAGCAGAUGCGGCCUUCCAGAAAUGAAGACAUGGAUCUUGGAGAGCUUUCAGGUUGGGUUGAAAGCCUAAAGAUCUAAGUCUUCAAGAAGAGUUAGAUCUUUCAAGUUAGAGCUUGAAAGUUAGAGCUUCAAGUUAGAGCUUCAAGAACCCAAAUAUAACCUGGUUACUUCAUGGUCUUUUCAAGCCUGAUUAUCUCGCCCUUCCUUGCCUGGGUGUGGUGACCUUGGGGCCACUGAGAUUUGGGAUGGAGCAGUUUUUAUUCCAAAUUGACAUCUCUCCUGUACACGUUAGCUUGUCCGUCUCUGCGGUAUGCACGCAUGUCAAGGACGGGUGGGCCCUGCUUGACUUUAAAACGGAAACGGUGCUUGUUCUAAUUCACCACGUGCCUCGGAUUCAUGGGGAAAGCAACGAUCAACGGCUGUCUCGGAAGGACUUGUUCGAAACGGGGCCGGCAGCCGAUGGCCGGCAGCCCUUGGAUAAACCAGCAAACCAGGUUGAUUGCACGGCUGUGAUUCAGCAGGUUUUUUGUGUUUUUUUGCAAUUUAGCCAGCUUCCAAAAUGGACAUUUGUGGAUGCUGCUUAAAUCAGAGGGCGGAUUUGCAACAGAGAUUUUUUUUUUUUUUUUAAAGGGACACUGAAUUUAGGUGGUGGAAGAUGGGCAGCUGAGGAGGGGGUGAUGCAGGAAAAAACAGGGCUGCAAUUAAAUCAUUUCCGUUGCAAUAUCAGCUUUGCAUUCUCCUAAUCCUCCACUCUGUUUUAUUUCUCUCCAGUUUUGCUCAGUUGGGGGGUCGGGAGGGGGAAAGGUACAUAUUAAGGAGGAUUUUGCUAGGAUGACAUGUUGCCCCAAAUUUGGGUGGGAUUUUCAUUCUGUUCUGUCUUUGUGAGAAGCACAUCACACAUUCCAGUUAGGCUGCUUCAUCCUUUUCCAUUCCUCAGAAUUCCCAUAAGGUAGCCCUCAAUUUAUGGCCAUCCGUUGAAAGUUAUGACGGGGCUGAAAAAAAAUGUAACGGCCCCAUCCCUUGAGGACAGAAGCUCCAGUCCCAAUUUUGGUCGUAAGUCAAGGCCUACCUGUUAUUUCGAUUUCCCAAUGAAAGGAAUAGUCCAAUUUCCCCCAAAAUCCCCCAGUCAAAAGAGUUAUGGAGUUUCAAACAGGACCCCAAUGUUUUGCUCCGGAAAUUUCCUUUCAGAUUGGAACUUUUAGUGGAAGACUCAACCCUCGAAACAAUUUCAGCCUGUUUCCUUUGCCCACCCAGUCCCUACAGAAAUAAAGCUCUGAAAUCUCU